UGAAAAGGCUUGCUGUGUGUUUUGAAUGGCCUUUUUGCAGGAUAGCUGUGGAGGGUAUUUCCUCAUCUUUUCCGUGAGAUGUUUUUGACUGCUUCGACUAACUCUUCGGAAAGUGAACAUGAACCUCCUUCAGCCUUUUCACAGACUGAGCACAACAUAGUUGCAGCUUAUUUGAUAACAGCAGGAGUUGUAAGUCUUCUCAGUAACAUAGUUGUACUAGGCAUAUUUGUUAAAUACAAGGAACUCCGAACAGCAACCAAUGCCAUUAUUAUUAACCUGGCUUUCACUGACGUUGGAGUGAGUGGGAUUGGUUAUCCCAUGUCAGCGGCUUCAGAUCUGCAUGGAAGCUGGAAAUUUGGCUACACAGGCUGCCAGAUCUAUGCUGCUUUGAAUAUCUUUUUUGGAAUGGCUAGUAUCGGUUUGCUGACUGUCGUAGCAAUCGAUCGUUACCUGACAAUCUGCAAGCCCCAUAUAGGUAGACGUCUUACUGCUCACAACUAUACAGCCCUAAUCCUUGCUGCCUGGAUGAAUGCAGUCUUUUGGGCUUCCAUGCCUGUUGUGGGCUGGGCAAGCUAUGCCCCAGAUCCAACUGGAGCCACCUGUACUGUAAACUGGAGGAAAAACGACAUAUCCUUUGUUUCUUACACAAUGUCCGUUGUUGCUGUUAAUUUUCUGAUUCCAUUAUCGGUCAUGUUUUAUUGUUACUACAAUGUUUCACGAGCCAUGAAGCAAUAUACCAGCAGCAGUUAUCUAGAAAGCAUCGACAUAGAUUGGUCUGAUCAAGUAGAUGUAACAAAGAUGUCUGUUGUCAUGAUUUUAAUGUUUCUGCUGGCUUGGUCCCCAUAUUCUAUUGUGUGUUUAUGGGCUUCCUUUGGAGACCCAAAGACCAUUUCUCCAGCCAUGGCGAUCAUUGCACCCCUGUUUGCCAAGUCGUCUACAUUCUAUAAUCCCUGUAUUUAUGUCAUUGCAAACAAAAAGUUUCGAAGGGCCAUCUUUGCAAUGGUCCGGUGUCAGACUCGACAGGAGAUAACCAUCAACAAUGUCUUGCCAAUGAGUGUCUCUCAGAGUACCAUUGCCUAAGAGGGCUGCUGGGAAGCACUGUUGUUUUGUUUGUUUACUUGUAGUAACGUGUGGAGUCCCUGGAAAGAAAAGCCCAGUCUGUUUCAGAAACAGUUAUGUAUCGUGUCUUGUCCGGGAAUGACUUUUCCUGCUGCCAUAUCAAUUUACUACAUAGUCAUGGGCUGUAGUAGCUGUAGUGUCCUCCCCCUGGCCUUGUGUGCCCUCCCUGGCCUUGAAGUGCCUUCUCCCUGGCCUUGUGUGAUGCCUUGCUGGCCCAGCCUAUAUGUACUGGCUGCUGGUGCCAUGCCAUCUGCUGUGGAACUCUACCAGCAAAGAGACCUUUGUGCCCAGUCCUAUGUUUUCCUGUGCAGGCACAAUGGUUCAUAGGACUGUGCCAUUAGUAUUUAAUAUUAUAACAAAAUGAAGACUUCAGUUGUGUCCUUUUCAACAGCCAUUAGUAAACAAUAGAUUGUGUACCUGAUGAAGGAGUCAGGACUAAGGGUGAGAGGAAACUAAAGUAAGACUGUAAUCUGUAAUACAGUAACAAAUAAGAUUUUAUGUUCAUAACUUUGUAUGUUCAUGUUCUUUAUCUCUUAACACACACUCAACCAUUCAGUAUACCUUUUUGUUUCCAGUUCUUGGUUGCGUCAAAGGUAGUUACUGAACAUAUUAACUCAACUGAAAACACUACUCUGAAAAGCCAUAAUUACCUCUGAUAGCUAAACUGUGCUAAAAGGCAAAUAUCUGAUUGUUUUUAAAGAAGAACAAAGGAUAAACAGUCUCUCCAACCAAUAGCAAGCCACUUUUCAAGGUCAUUGUACUCAGUUGAUGAUUGGAGCCAUCUGCUACUAAUUAUCAAAAUACUGUAUUUCAUUAAAUGUUUAUCAGUACUUCUAAGUUUCAUGUGCUCUCAUUUGUAUAUGUAUAUAGCUAAUUUUUUUCAGCUGUUGCUUUAAAAUAUUUUAAAAUAUGUAAAAUAAUGCUUGUGCAAAUAAUACAAAAGCAUUUCUAGAUCCAGGCUAUGAUACUGCUGAUCAUAAAUUUUUGCUGCUAAAUGCAGGUGUAUACAUUGUACUGUGUGGUGGUUCAAACUGUGGAACAGAUUUUUCAAAGAUAAAAAGUGUUUUAGUCACAUUGGCUGUCACAGCUGCACGCCACACUUGUGAAGAAUUUCUUAUUUCACUGUUUAAGUUGCUGUUAAAGGAGUCCUGCUUCAAA